UUGUCUACGGCUUCAUGAGUUCUUAAGCUCCCAAUAUCUAUCACAAAUACAUGAGGAUCAAAGACAGCGCAUCUGUACGGUAGCCAGAUAAAAUUCUUCAAGUCUGAAUCUCCAAUAUGGUGUUCAAUCCCGACAAUGAUAUUCCGGAUCUCUCUGGCAAGGUGGUCCUGGUGACUGGCGGAAACAUCGGACUGGGGCGAGAGACAGUACUGCAAAUCUCAAAACACAACCCAGCACACAUCUAUCUGGCAGCGAGAAGCAAAGCCAAGGCGGAGAGUGCCAUUGCAGAAAUUGACGCCCAAGCCCCGAAUCAUGCGCCAAUAUCAUUCCUGGAGCUUGAUCUGUCGUCAUUUGAGAGUGUGAAGCAAGCGGCCUCAACGCUCAAUGCGGCUUCUGACCGUCUCGACAUUCUGAUCAAUAAUGCCGGGAUCAUGGGCACACCCCCGGGCACGACUAAGGAAGGCUAUGAGAUGCAAUUUGGGACGAACCACAUGGGGCACGCCCUCCUGACGAAAUUACUACUGCCCAAGCUGCAGCAGACAGCGACCAAGGUCUCAGGCUCGGACGUUCGCGUUGUGACUCUCGCUUCAGAUGGAUACAAAAUGGCACCAAGCCUGCCCUAUCCUCUGGACAAGCUGAAAACCGAAAUGGCCGAUUACAGGACGUUGGGCAAGUACGGUCUAUCUAAACUCGCCAAUAUCCACUACACCCAGGAGCUGGCCAAGCACAAUCCUGACAUCAAGUGCAUCGUCGUCCAUCCUGGUGCAGUGUCAACCAACUUGUCAUCAUCUAUGACAACCCAAUGGCCAAUAUUGAAAUUGCCGUUGAUGUUGCUGCAAGCCUUGGUCCUCAACACAGUCCAGACUGGUUCUCGCAACCAGCUGUGGGCGGCUUUCUCUCCUGAGGCCAAGUCCGGCUCAUAUUAUAUCCCCGUGGGCAAGGAAAGCCACAAUGCGGUGAUCGACGAUUCCAAGGCCGCGCAAGACUUGUGGGAAUGGACAGAGAACGAGUUGAAGAGCCAUGUGUGAGAAUUGCGCGAGGGCAUAGAUGCGGGACUAUCUCGUGAGUGAGUGCCUACUAACCCACUGUACAUCAUUGUUGAUAUGUGCCAGCGAGGCUCCAGUUAGAUCGUUGGGAUGUAGAUACUUUCAAAGACUCUCCGGUCGACAUUGAUACCAUGAACUAUGGACAACAAGCGCUCUCCUGUAUUCAUGUAAAGCUCUUUCCUAGCUUUCUUUGCGUUCAUGGAGCGUAUCUGAACCCUUCGACGUCCUCCAAAAC